UCGUAUACGCAAUUUGCGAGUGAUAUCCAAUAAGCGUGCUGCUUUUAUGGUAAAGCAGUUUCGCUGAUUCACUUCCUCAAGCCGCUGUUUGAAAGUACACUUUUGUGGACAUUUUCUGCACCAGUAUGGCAGAUUCACAGAUUAAAAGGGCAAAUUUAAUAAAGGGUUGGCAAUCUCGACUCUAUAUCGUCGAUGUAUAAUCUUAAUUUCGGGAGAAAUGCCUCGACCAUUGUACCGAACCAAACUUAUUUUGGGAAAGAAUUCAAUAUAUUAAAUAUUAUUCAUAAAAGAGGAUAAACAAUUUGUUAAAUUUGUCAGAAGUAGAAUGUGGUUUUGUCCGUGUGUUGGACUUUCAUUUACUGGACAUUACAUGUCCGUUUCUCAUCAUGAUUGAUAUGACACUUUCAUUAGAAAUGAAAAAAAAGCGAUGUGUCUUGAUUUGAAGCGCAAUGUUGAAUAAUCAGAAGAUGGGAGAUCAUGACGAAGUAGCAGCUUCUGAUGAAACAUUUAAAGGAAUCAAUGAAUGUUCUAUUAAGAUCGAGCAGCCGAUUGAUCGAGACAAGGAAGAAACCAAUGUGAAAUAUUUUGACUUUAAUCUGGAAGUCAACGAUUUUCUUGAGACAAAGUUGGAGGAUAAAAUGGAGCUACGUAGAAGCAAGCGGAUCAAGAAAUUACCAAGUACCAAACCGCAGUCUCAGGGCUCUCAGGUGUUCACGCUACAGUCCAUCACAGCUGAACAAAAUUUCGGCUCUAAAUAUCGCCCGAUAAGACCAAAACCUUACACAACCACUGACUCUUAUCAACAUGUCAGAUCCAUCGAAAGUAAAACCAGGGAUAUCACAACGAUAAAGAAAAAAAAUAACGAUAGGAAAAAGAUUGGAAUUCCGAACAUAUCGGUCGGCACAAAUCGGCGUAAAGCUAAAAGUCCGAACAAACCAAUCCAUCGCCAUAGUGUCGAAUUGUUUUUCAAUAAGAUGGCACAGACUGUGUUAAAAUUACCGGAGGAUAUACAAGCAGAGAUUAAGAUGGAGAUCUGUAAGCUUGUUACCAAGGCGGAGAUUGAAUUCUAUGAAUCACAGGGACGGUAAAAGACUGAUUAAAAAUGGUCGGAUAAACUGAUAAUCAGUUGGUUUCAAUAAGUUUGUAACUUUCAUACUCGCUUUAAUACAGUACAUAAAACAGAGUUAUAUGGUAUAAUUUGCGAUUAUGCCGAUAGAGCGGAUAAUGAUUCGAUAAUGUAGAGCUAAAUUAUUGAACAUGAAUAUUUUUCCAGAAUGUUUUUCAUGGUUUAUUUUUAAUGAGAAACGAGAAGAAUAUCUUUUGUGAAACACAGAAACGCUCACGUUAAAUCAUUAAUUACAUUUUUAUGUAUAACAUGGAAUGAUGCUCUAUGUGUGCUUUUACAUCUUUUUAAAUCUUGAACAUAAGUUGCAUUGUUGAACAUGAUUCUAACUGUUACUAUGCUAGCAUUAGGAAUGUAGUAUAAGGGACUUGUGUAUAUUGACGAAAAAUGUAAGAAGUAUACGUUUAUUAUAGUCGCACGUAUAAUCGACGAGAUAUAUUAGGUCAUAUUAGUUUUCGAGUCUCGGUUGAUUUUUGAAAUGUGAUUUAAAUUUGUAAAAAAAAAUAACGCAAAUAUGCACAAGUGAAGGUAGGUAUGCUUAAGGAAAACAAAUAUAAUAGAUGUUACAAUAUUA